GCGCUUGUUCUUUCGAUCUUUAUUCAGUAUAUUGAAACCCUAACCCCCAAAUUCGACACACAAUUCAAUCGAUCUCUAAGGAUUAUAUUCGUCAUAAAAAAGAAUGCAACAUCAACAUCAGAGGUUGAAGCAACAACAACAACAAGCUCUUAUGCAGCAAGCUCUCCUUCAACAACAAUCUCUCUAUCAUCCUGGCCUCUUAGCACCUCCACAGAUUGAGCCAAUCCCAAGUGGAAAUCUGCCUCCUGGGUUUGAUCCAAAUACAUGCCGCAGUGUGUAUGUGGGGAAUAUUCAUAUGCAAGUAACCGAACCACUUCUUCAAGAGGUUUUUGCAAGCACUGGUCCUGUUGAAGGCUGCAAACUCAUAAGAAAAGAGAAGUCAUCUUAUGGGUUUAUACACUACUUUGAUCGUAGAUCAGCUGCACUUGCUAUCGUAUCUCUAAAUGGAAGACAUUUGUUUGGACAACCUAUUAAAGUUAAUUGGGCAUAUGCCAGUGGACAGAGGGAGGACACUUCUGGUCACUACAACAUAUUUGUUGGUGAUCUGAGCCCUGAAGUCACUGAUGCUAUGUUGUUUGCAUGCUUCUCUGUUUAUGCUAGUUGUUCGGAUGCGAGGGUUAUGUGGGAUCAAAAAACAGGUCGUUCACGAGGUUUUGGGUUUGUUUCCUUCCGGAACCAACAGGAUGCUCAAAGUGCUAUCAAUGACUUAACCGGGAAAUGGCUCGGAAGUAGACAAAUACGCUGCAAUUGGGCCACCAAAGGUGCUGGUACUAGUGAAGAAAAACAGGGAUCAGAUUCCAAAAGUGUAGUGGAGCUAACAAAUGGGUCUUCAGAGGAUGGCAAGGAGCCUGUUAAUAGCGAGGCCCCUGAAAAUAACCCACAGUACACGACUGUUUAUGUUGGCAACCUUGCUCCAGAAGUUACUCAACUUGAGCUGCAUCGGCAUUUCCAUUCCCUUGGUGCUGGUAUAAUUGAGGAAGUUAGGAUUCAACCGGAUAAAGGAUUUGGUUUUGUGAGAUACAAUACACAUGGUGAAGCAGCUUUAGCAAUUCAAAUGGGAAACACCCAAUCCAUUCUUUAUGGCAAACAAAUUAAGUGUUCUUGGGGAAGCAAGCCGACGCCACCUGGAACAAGUUCGAAUCCGCUUCCGCCACCUGUCGCAGCGCCGAUGCUGUCAGCGGCUGACCUGUUGGCGUAUGAGCGACAGCUGGCGAUAAGUAAGAUGGGAAUGGGAGGGCUGAUGCAUCCUAGUCAGCAUCAUUUUAAACAAGGGGGGAUGAGUGUGGGUGCAGCCGGGGCUAGCCAGGCCAUUUAUGAUGGUGGUUUCCAGAGUGUUGCUGCUGCACAGCAACUCAUGUAUUAUCAGUGACUUGUUUGUUGUUGAGAGGCUUUGAAUGAGAGUUGUUUGUGUUGUUUUUACUUUUUAGAUGUUUUUCUUCCUUUUUUUCUUUUUUCUUUUGUUUUUUUUUUCUUUUGUUUUCUGAUUAUAUUACCCUUUUACCUCAAAAUGUUGUCCU